GAGGAUAAUUUUGAUGCAUGGUAGCGCAGUGCGAUUGUUGUUGCAUAUAAAGACAGAAGCUCAUCAGCAGCCGCCUCAGUCACCAAUCAAACCGAUACGAUAUUUUGAGCCCAUUCCACGCUUCGGAUAGGGUCUAAUCAAUUCUCAAAUUUACGGCAAACGUAUGAGAUAAAAGUCGUUUUAGUAUUCCCUGUGGAAUCGAUAAUGUUCCACAAAGUAUGGAUUCAUCUUGUCAUUAUUCUCACUUCGAUCCUUGCAGUCUCUUCUUCAAACUCGGGAAAUAGAUCCUUUAAUCUACAGGAGGAACACACACUUCAGAGAAUACGAAGAGAUAUUUAUGAGGACCAAUAUGAUGACCAAUAUGAAGACGAAUACGAAAGUAUUAAUGACGAAAACGUUAGAAGAAAUCUCGAAUCGCUACAACUGGCUGAUGACAAUUCAGAUGAAGGAGCUAAUAUUUUGCAACCUCCAGUUAAAGGAAGUUUUGUACACAGAAGAAUACUUGAUCCAACAGGGACAUCCAAACCACCAGAAGCCAAUGUAUCUGUUAUACAACCACCAGGUACAAAAAAAUCUCCACCAGAAGGCCCAGGUUAUCCGGUUGCUCCUCCAGUUGGCACGAGAGGAAUUUUUGACAUUCUGAUGAUUUCAUACCGGCUUCGACAAAACAUUCUCCACAUUUUUGGAUGCUUACUUCAAAGACCUGUUGACUUCCUAACCGAGUCACAAUAUACAUCUUUAUAUACAAUUUAUACCGAAUUGCGAAAUAGACCAUCUUACAUCAAUCUUGUUUUAAGAGAAAUAAAGACGGUACCGACCAAUAAUUUGAAUGAACAAAUGAAAAGCAUAAUGCAGAUUCUUGGAGAAGUCCUUCCCAGCUACCUUGGAUGUGCUGCUAACUUUUGGGUCCGAGAAAUCGAGCAGAGGAGCAUAAACUUCAGUUCUAUGCCUGCUGAUACUUGCCCAAGUAACUUCAAUAUCCUAAAAGAUAUUAACGUUCAUUUAAUAAAACUUCAUGCAUACAUGACUCCGAUGGAUGGUCCAACCAGAAUGACUGAAAUCGUCCUGGGUAAAAUCUUCGUCAAGAUUAUGUAUGAUAUUCAAAGGCUUAAAGUCACCUUCACCCAGAAAAUGUUUGGCUUUAUUUUGUCAUUCUUUCCAAUCAUUCCUUACGACCCCGUCUUGGAGGAGAAUAUCAGAUACAUUUUUGAAAUUACUUUGAAAAAUGGAAUAACAGGGUGGACUGAAGUUGAAUCACAUCCAAUUCUUGGAGACCCUUACUUAUUCGUCAGGACCAUUAUCGCCAAGAUUUUGAUCAUUCAUAAUGUUCCAAGGUCAAUUAAAGAAGCUCUAACUUAUAUAUGGAUUCAUUUAAGACCAGUUAAUAAUUAUCACGCAAAUCCUGAGUAUCCAAUCUUAAUAAGUAUCAACGAUCAUGUGCAUCUUUUAAAAAUGCUACUAUCAUUUAUUGUACCAAAUGCCUACAGUCCAGAAACGAUUUGUCUGAAAGAACGUUUUUUGCAAUAUGUUGAAGAUUACAGCUUCACACAAUCGAUGUUUCUUACUAAUAUAGAACGAAUUCGAUACACCAAUCCUCAUGAUUUGCUUCUAGCAUAUCUCACUAAAUUACAGAGACAUGUUCCUAAUCCGGAUAGUGAGAAGGCUAGAACUGUCACAGCUCUCUUAUCUGUACUAAUAAUUGACCAAAGAAACAAGCAGUUCACUCCAGUUUCGAAAAAUAUCGACUUCUUUUCAAUUCUUGGAUACCUUAGCAAUCCAGAUUUCCCUGAGAAAGUUAAUAUAGUUUACAAGAAGAUCUUAUAUAUUUUGUUAAACAAACCAGAUCUUCAACGUGAGCUAACCAAACUAGUUCCAACGGAAAAAGGAAAGUGCAUUGUCAUUGACGAAUGUUUGAAAGAAAUUCUUAAGAAUCUGGACAAAAUGAAUAUGGAAAUUCCUCGGCGGAUGGAGAAACACAUCAGUGAAUUAAAUGAUAUGAUUCCUAUUCAGGCGACAGAUCCUAAAUGCAGAACAUCGACUGCUAACCCACCGGACAAUGUUGUUCCUGUAAUUUCGGAUGAGCCAGUUCCUGAUAAGCCAGCAGAUAGUGGUUCGAUCAACACCGGUGAUCCUGGCAACAAUCAACCAGCAGGUGGUUCUAUCAACAUCGGUAAUCCUGGCAACAAUCAACCAGCUGGUGGUUCUAUCAACAUCGGUAAUCCUGGCAACAAUCAACAAGAUAGUGGUCCUACCAAGAUCGUUAAUCCUGGCAACAAUAAUUCUGGAGGAGUUACUAUCAACAACUAUCAUUGGAUAACGAACAUACUGCUUCCUCCGAUGAUGAGUCCAACACAAGAUAUCUCAAUUUAUAUAAACCAGAAAGGUGCACUUGCUGUCGAUUGUCCCAAUGUUCCACUUUAUCCAGGAAAUCCCAAAGUAACCAUGCCCCCGAUAGUAGUACUUUUAAAGCCUACUGAAGUCAGUGAUCCGUUCGGAAGCAUGAAUCAGGAGUUCAAGACAAAUAUUCUUUUGAGAAUCACCCAAAUAAUUGGUUCUUCUGACCUAACUGUAAUUUUAGGAACCAGUGUUCCAGAAUUAAUUACCAGUGGCCAAUGUCCUACUAUUGGGGCACUCGUCGUGACCUUAUUAUUUCAAGCACAAUUAAAUACUUUAGUACAGACGAACCAUCAACUUAUAACUGAUAUAAAAAGCUUUCUAUCUGCCAUGGAUUUAGUUGCUGUUAUUACACUUCCAAUAGUUCUACAAGUUACUGGGACAUAUCCGACGAAUGGCAUAAUUUUCUCUGUAAUUGACAUAGCUCAACCACACAGAAGUUCGAUUUCAGUCACUACGCCCUCAAAUGUUCCUAGGGGGAUGUUAGUCUUUGUGAUCGUGGAUCCAAAUAAGCUUAGAGAACCUGUAGAUCCUCAGAAUCCCUAUGAAGGUCUUUUGCCUAAUGUCGGCAGUGAAACUCCUGGUGGCCAGUUUAUUCUCCAGUUAAGGCUGAUCGUCAAUACACAGAAAAUCUCACAACUUAUUCCAAAUUUCAAACCAGCAACUUAUUCGAGUAAAGGAAUGCUCUUGGUGAUACUUUUGCAGAAGCUUCCAAAUGUCCCGGAAAUUGCAGCACAACCACAUUUGAAGAAGAUUAUUUUAGGCUACAUUUGGGCGAUAUUGAUACCAACAUUUUAUCAAAAAAUUGCCUAUAAUGAACUGUUAGUUCUUUUAGGACAUCAACCCACAAUGAUACCUAAUACUAUGAUUUUACUAAAUCUUUUACCUCCGCCUACAACUGAGAGGGAACAGAGAAUGUUUUUGGCGAUGAAGAUUUUGCUGGAACGAAAAGACUUGUUCGAAAUUAUACUUAUGCCAAAACCUACACCAAACACUAGCCAAAAAGAACUUUUGCAGAUUAUUAUUCUUGGAGUCUUGUCUUCUCCAGGAACAUUCGACGAAUCAACUGUAAGUGCUUGCGAAUUUUACAAAAAACAGUUAUCUGAUAUAAAAAAGGUUGAUUCUGAUAUUCUAUGGGAAUUUGAAACCAGAGAAUCAAUCACUACCGAUCCAUCAUUGGGUAAAAUUUUAGAAAAUGUAAUCAACUAUGAUAAGUUGUCAAACGGAAAUAAGGAUGCUUACAACAAACUGAUAACUUACUUCGAGGAAAACAAAAACAUAUUCAGUCUGAGUCAAGACUUCCACAUUAAAGAUUACACGACUGAAGGAAGUUUCAUUGUCGGUUUCCUUAAUUUUGUGAUGGAGAAGCCAAUAGUAUCCCAGCAAGCCAAAAACUAUAUUAAUGCUCUUUUACCACAUGUGAUGUUGGAAGGACCUGGAGCUAAACCUCUGAAGAUCAUUACUCAAGGAAAUCCUCCGAGUGGCAGGCGCUCCUUAAGCAAAUUCGAAAUUAGUAUAUGAUAAAUAAAAUUAUGCUACUUUUAAUACUAGUCUAAUGAAAUUUCAAAUUCGUCUAAAUUAAGCGGAAGAAAGUUCUCUAAAUAAAAAGAAAAUAUUUAACUUGAUAAGUUCCCAAUUUUGUUUCGAGAGCUCAUUAGGAUCGUCUAAAUAUAUUUUUGAAAUUUAGAAAAUGAUUUUUCGUUAUAGAAAAUGUAACUGAAAAUAAGAAUACAUGCACUCUAAACAUCUGAGAAAAUAAAAUUUAAUGUAAAACGAAUUAGGUUGCGUUCCGGAAUGAUGUACUUCAAAUUAUCGGCAUAAUUACAGAAAUAAAAUUUAUAGUACAGAAGAA